AUGACCAGCACCGCAGCGUCAAAGGCGACCGCGCCCGUGACGUCGGACGUCGCCUGGCUGGCGGCCGGACGAUGUCAAGGCUGCGACGAGAUACGCUUGGCGGAAACGCGACGCAAAGAGCAACGAAAGGGCGACGUGGCCGCCGCGAGAAGCUCCAUGUCGGCUUUUUUCUCCUCGGAUACUAUGAGCGCCGUCGGAGACCAGCCCUCUCUUUCUUCAUCAGUCUUCAACGCCCUCGAAACACCCGACGCCUCGAAAGCAACACCCGAGCUGGUGCAUAACCUUCGACACGACAGCACCGUCCUCGCCCUCGCCGUCAGCCCAACGCACAAGUCGAUAUACGCAGGCACCCAGGACGGCGAAAUCGUCGUCUGGUCGCUCGAUACCUUCCAUCAAACUCGCCAAGUGCAGGCGCACAAGCGCAGCGUGCUCUCGCUGUUCCUCUCCCCAGAUGCGUCUCUUCUCUUCUCCAGCGCCGGCGACGCCAUAAUAAACGUGUGGUGCCCCAGGACCUUGCGCCGUCUUUACGAGGUGUACGGGGUCUACGAUGUGGGCGACGUCUUCUGCACCGCCUACAGCCCGCAGCACGAUACGCUCUACAUUGGCGCCCAAAACACCACCAUACAGUGGGUCACCCUGGGCAGUCCGUCCAGCCGGGUCUCCCCAGAUUCGCAGAGUCACCCCGACCGCCGAAGCCACCGGUUCUUUGACUCCAAGGCCGUCGGCGGCGGAGGAGCGACCCCGAGACGAAACGAAGACCGCUGGGCCCUGAUUCCGCGUGCGCAGGCCGUCCUGGAGAUCGACGAGGGGAGUAUCCGCCAUUUUGCCCACAACGGCUACGUGUACUGCAUGUUGAUGGCAAAGGGCCCGACGGUGGAAGCCGACUCGGAUGAGGACGUUUUGAUCUCGGGGGGCGGCGACGGGACCAUCAAGCUGUGGAGAUUGGCCGCAUCAGCAGAAAACGGCCGUGGCAGUGAAGAGGGGCCCGGCGGCGGCGGCAUCGACGAGAUCAUGGCUCUUGGCACAGACGACGCCGAGUCCGUGCUGUCGCUUGCCCUAGACGGGUCCUUUCUAUACGCCGGCAAACUUGACGGGAUCGUGGAACUCUGGGACCUGGACACGGCACAAAGACUCAGGGUGAUUAAAGCCCACGGCGGCGACGUCAUGUCGCUCCAGAUGGGAUGGGGCUGCCUCUGGGCUGGGUCGACAAACGGAUGGGUCAGCAAAUACAGCACCGCCCACUACGGCGCAUACAGGCACGCCUCGUCGAGGGAUCUCAGCCAGAAAUACCAAUGCCUCGGGAAAUGGAAAGCGCACAAGGGCAAAAUCCUGGCAUCGGCAAACACAACCUACUGCUCGGAGCAGUACUUCAUUACCGGCUCCAACGACGAGAAAAUCUCCGUCUGGUCCGUCAAGGACCUGGCAUCGCCGUCGAAGCAGCAGGCGGGCCAGGGGGUGAGCAAUGACUUGCUGCUCUCGACCCUGAGCGACUUUGUCUCGUACAAGACGAUAUCCUCCAGGCCGGAGUUCGCCGAGGACUGCCGCAAGGGCGCCACGUUCCUGGGCUCCCUCUUCAAGCGCCUGGGCGGCCACGUGGAAAUGCUCAGCACGGAAAAGGCCCGCAACCCCGUGGUGUACGCCAAGUUCUCCGGCAAGAAGGAGGCCUCCUCCUCCUCCUCCUCCUCGGAGCAGCGCAAACGCAUCCUGUUCUACGGGCACUACGACGUGGUGGCGGCGGACGAGAAGAAGGGAAAGUGGGCGACGGAUCCGUUCAGCGCCACCGGGACCAACGGCUUCCUCUACGGCCGCGGCGUCAGCGACAACAAGGGCCCCGUCAUCGCCGCGCUCUACUCGGUCACCGACCUCAUGCAGGCGCACAGGCUCAACAACGACGUCAUCUUCCUCAUCGAGGGCGAGGAGGAGUUCGGCUCCAGGGGGUUCGAGGAGGCGGUCAGGCGGAACAAGGGCCUGAUCGGGCACGUGGACUACAUCCUGCUGGCCAACAGCUACUGGUUGAACGACGAGGUGCCGUGCCUGACGUACGGCCUGCGCGGCGUGCUCCACGCCACCGUCUGCGUCGACUCGCCCCGGCCGGACAUACACUCGGGCGUCGACGGCUCGCACCUGUCGGACGAGCCGCUGACCGACCUGACCUGCGUGCUGUCCAAGCUCAAGGGGCCCGGGAACCGGAUCCUCAUCCCGGGCUUCUACGACGGCAUCCCCGCCCUCACGCCGGAGGAGGAGGCGCGCUUCGACGACAUCGCCUCCAUCAUGGUGCACCAGCAGCCGCAGCCCGCGUCCGCGGACAAGCUCAAGCGGUCGCUCCUCGCCCGCUGGAGGGAGCCCAACCUCACCAUCCACAAGUACAAGGUGUCCGGGCCGGACGGCAGCCUGGUCAGCAGCCACGCCAGCUCGCACAUCAGCCUGCGCCUGGUGCCGGGGCAGGAGGUGGAGCACGUGGCCGCCGCGCUGGAGUGGCACCUGCGCCGGCAGUUUGGCCUGCUCGAGUCGCAGAACCGCCUCAGCGUCAACGUCGACAACAAGGCCGAGCCGUGGCUGGGCGACCCGGGCAACGACAUCUUUUGCACGCUGGGGCAGGCCAUCAUGGAGGCGUGGCCGGACCGCUUCGAGCGGGUGCCCCAGGGGCAGCAGCACCGCCACCAGCAGGGGGCCCAGGCGCAGGCGCAGGCGUCGUCGGUGGGCAGGGCGACGAAGCCAAGGCAGCCGCUGUACAUCCGCGAGGGGGGGUCCAUCCCGGCCAUCCGGUUUCUGGAGAAGGAGUUUGGGGCGCCGGCGGCGAAUUUCCCGUGCGGCCGGGCGAGCGAUGCGGCGCAUCUGGAUAACGAGCGCAUGAGCCUGGUGAAUUUGUUGAAGGCGAGGGAGAUUUUCAGAAUGGUGUUUGCGCGGCUGUAA